GGUGAUGAGUAGUUGAAUAAAUAGAGUUGAAGGGAGGAGAGAGGAGAGAGGAGAGAUGGUGUCCCCAAUGACAACGGUUCUGGUGACGGGUGGGGCGGGGUUCAUCGGAUCUCACACGGUGGUGCAGCUUCUGAAGCAGGGCUUCAGAGUUACCAUCAUGGACAACCUCGACAACUCCGUGAUGGAAGCAGUCCACAGGGUUGGGCGUCUGGUGGGCCCUCACCUCUCCAACAACCUCACCUUCUACCACGGAGACCUCCGCAAUGUCCACGAUUUGGACAACCUCUUCUCCAAAACUAACUUUGACGCCGUCAUCCACUUCGCCGGUCUCAAAGGCGUCGGAGAAAGCGUUGCCAAGCCACGCCGUUACUUCCACAACAACGUGGUGGGCAGCAUCAACCUCUUCCAAGUCAUGGCCAACCACAACUGUAAGAAGAUGGUUAUAUCCUCCUCCGCCACCGUUUACGGGCAGCCAGACCAAGUUCCCUGCGUGGAGGAGUCCCUCUUGCAGGCCAUGAAUCCCUACGGAAGAACAAAGCUUUUCGUGGAAGACAUUGCCCGAGACAUUCAGCGAGCGGAGCCUGAGUGGAGGAUCAUCCUCCUCCGCUACUUCAAUCCCGUGGGUGCCCACGAGAGUGGCCAACUUGGAGAAGAUCCUCGAGGCAUCCCCAAUAACCUCAUGCCUUACAUUCAUCAAGUUGCUGUUGGACGCUUGCCUCAACUCAAUGUUUAUGGUCAUGAUUAUCCUACUAAAGAUGGAACACCGAUCCGAGACUAUAUCCACGUAAUGGACUUGGCCGAGGGUCACAUUGCUGCACUGCGAAAGCUUUUUGCAACCGACAACAUUGGUUGUACUGCCUAUAACUUGGGAACUGGACGAGGUACAUCUGUGCUUGAAAUGGUUGCUGCAUUUGAAAAAGCUUCUGCCAAGAAAAUUCCAAUCAAAAUGUGUCCCAGGAGACCCGGAGAUGCUACUGCCGUAUAUGCAUCCACCGACAAGGCUGAGAGAGAACUUGGUUGGAAGGCAAAAUACGGUAUAGAGGAAAUGUGCAGGGACUUAUGGAACUGGGCGAGCAAAAAUCCAUGGGGAUACCAGGGGAAGCAUUGAUUAUGUGAAUUGCCCUCACAAAUAAAAUUCGGUGAUCAUCGGCUUGCGAUUUUUGUUUUCAUCACCCUUGUACAAGACUUCCCACUCCUUGUCAUUUUUGGAGGCCCUCCUGUUCUAUUCCUCCCCCAUAUAUAUCUAUAUUUAUCAUCGCCACAAUUUAUGUGUUCAUGUUUCUUUUCUUCAUACAAUUGAUUCAUUCCUUACA